AUGUCUCUCCAUCACAGUAAAACUGAUGUCGCACAGUGCUCGGCAUCUGAAUCUCCUGGAUCUAAAUCGAGGCAGACAUUGAAUUUUAAAGAUGCUCGCAAUCGAAUGUUUAGGGACACAAAUAGCAGAGUAAAAGCAUUGAUUAAGGCCGCUGAUGAUGGAAGAAAACGCUCUAAUGCCCUCCCCCCUCUUCCUGCAGAGCGGGAGCCUACAUUCCACCGUACCCCCCGGGGAUUUGUGUCCCUCCAGAAACCAGAGGAGGCUGGGGAGAGUCAUUGGCAAAGAAAAUACAAGAAAGUCAGCUUUGAAACGGAUCGCAAAGUUGUUACUCACUUGAGGAGGAAGUUGAACAAACGUCUGGAUGAUAAGUAUCACAGCAUGGAGUCAGAAUCGGACGAGGAAACACAAAAAGAAGGAACGGACACAAAGACAGGCAGAAAAAUAAGUGAGAAAGAAGACAAAAAUAUUUUUACAAAAUACUCAGACUUAGGAGAAAAGAUACCAUACAGCAAUUCAAGAAGAAAAUCGAAAAAUUCUCCACGCAGUCAAGAGAGUAAUGGACACACGGAAUCUCAUGAAGAUGUCAAAACCGAUGUAGGGUUACCGUCUAAAUCAGUAUUACCCGAUAUUAAAGACCAGGGAGAGCCACUCAGUAAUAAAGGAGUCGAGGAAAGGACAAAUGGACAUGUAACGGAAAGUGACGAAAGUGACGAGGAGAUAGCAGAAUUAACAAAACUGAACGGAAAUAAGGAAGAACCGGAAGUAUUGGAAAACUUCCGGGAGUUGGAGGUUUCCCCUGUACAGACGCCUGUUGUUUUCAGGCCAAUCACAAGACACAAAAUCAGAGAGAACUCAGACACCGUGACAGAAAUCCUAAAAGGAGGCGUCCAUCCACCCUGUAUUGCUGAAAGUAAAUCCGUUUCUCUUUACGUCUCCUCCGGAUUUACGGACACAGUUGUAGAGAGAAGCUGCUUAAUAGAAAAAGUAUACCCGGAAUUACAUACAUACUGUCGCCAGUACGGAUUUGAACUGCAGAUUUACGAUCUUCACUGGGGACUCAAGGACUACAGUACAGAUGACCAUGGUUUACCAGCAUUGUGCCAUAAAUACCUCCAGAAAUGCCAAGCAGCCACUUGUGGGGGUAUUGUUUUGGUACUUCUAGGAGAUAAAUACGGCCCAUAUAUUCUACCAUCCGUGAUGCCAGUUGAUGAGUUUCAGGCUAUAUUUGAACAUUCUCUGCAGCACCGGAAACAAGAAGUCGAUCGUAUGAGGAAGCGUAUUGCAGAAAUUGAGAAAGCUUCAGAGGAACGCGAAAAGAAGAAAGAACAGGGCCACCCAGAGGGCAAAAUUAUGGAAAAUGCUGGAAGGGACCAUCUCAAAAUUCAGGACUUUAACAUAAAGCUGGAGGAACCGAGUGGGAAGGAAUCUUUAAAUGUGUUUCGGAGCCAUGCCGACAUGAUUAAAAGAGAACAACAGAUCAUCAAAGCAUUGAGGACAAAGGAGGAGGGUAUGCCGAGUCCCCAUCUCCUCCCACAGUGGUAUAAACUAGACGAAAACUGCUCACCGCCGGUUUAUAGGCUAAGGAAUAUAAGCUCAGUUAUCAAGGAAUAUAAUCGAGGUGACGCACGAACUCGAGAGACAGGACGUUUAAUCUGGAAUGAAACUGCUCAAAAACUUCGUAAACUCCUGGACGAAUUUGCAAAUGUAGCCAUCAGAGACGAACAUUCCAGGAAAAAUUAUUUCUCAUCUCUUCUUGAACAGGAACUUGAACAGUGCCUUAUCAAUAAUGAUGACGUCACAGAAGACAUUGUUGUCAUCAAUAGAAAUAUCACAGAUCUACGCAGUAAUUUAGGAGACUCAGCAAUAGCGGAAUACGCAGAUUUACAUCCUACACAAGAAAAGACCUUGUUAGAACCACAGACAUCCUUCAUGAGAAAACUAAAAACAGAAAUUAUAACAGAGAAGGUGGAUAACAACCACAUCUUAAAUCAUGACGUAGACUGGGAGAAGGGAGGUAUCCAGCCAAUAGUUAACCGUUCCCAUCACCUCUACCUUGAUAGAAUGUCAAAACAGGUCCUGGAAGUUCUCAAGAGAGAGUUCUCCAGGCAUAUUACCGAAAACAUGGAACAGAUGGAUGCCAAAUCUAAACUCUUCCAAGAAAUUUCCCAGCAUGUCUCGCUGUGUCAAGAAAGAGGACAACAUUUCCAAGGUAGGCGGGACCUUUUACAGACAGUGAAAUCCUAUUUCCGCUCUAAAUUUCGACUGCCACUUAUUUUACACGGCAAGGCUGGGUGUGGGAAAACAGCUCUUGUGUGUAAAGUUGCCCUGGAAAUUCAGAAAUGGAGUAAAAGAUUUAAACCUCACGUGAUCAUCAGGACUAUAGGUCGUACCACAGCCUCUAGAAACGUCCGCACUCUCUUACGAAGUCUGUGUUUGCAGCUUUGCUUUGCAUUUGGAGGAAAAACGGAAGAAGUUCCGAUGGAAUACAAAGGACUUAUGAAUGACUUUUCUCAACGAAUUGGUCAAGCUUCGGAAUCGGAUCCUCUGAUAAUUAUUUUAGAUGCCGUAGACCAAUUAACAGCGGAACACGAAGGAAACAAAAUGUCAUGGCUUCCAAAAGAGCUCCCAGAGAACGUUAAACUGAUCAUUACAACGAAUCCAGAGGAAAAGUUUGAAAGUUACCCAGGCCUUUUGAAGGUGUAUGGAUCCAACAAAGACAUCACAGUGGCAAUCCCGAAUAUGCCAACAGAAGACGCAGAAUCAAUACUCACAUAUUGGCUGCAACUUGACAAUCAUUCUUUAACGUCUUCUCAAUAUGCCAUAGUGAUCAGUGCAUUCAAGAAAUGUGCCUAUCCUCUUUAUCUCAAACUAGCAUUCAUGGAAACCAAAUCAUGGCAUUCUUUUACAGAAAUCGAAAACUGUAAACUGUCUGAAAAUAUUACAAAGCUGGCUGCCUUUAAGUUUGGAAAACUUGAGUCAAAACACGGAGAGCCAUUGGUAAGGCGCGCUUUAGGAUAUAUUACAGCUUCACGUGAGGGAAUUGCAUCCACUGAAAUGGAAGAUAUUCUCUCGUUAGACGAGGCAGUAAUGGAUGAUGUCAUGGUUAAUAUUAGACCAGCUAAGCGGCGUUUCCCAAGUGUUCUGUGGAUAAGGUUACUCGAGGAUUUGUCUGAUCUUUUAACCCCCACACUUACCCAUGGGGUGAUCACCUACGUAUGGGCUCAUUCUCAAUUUUUUCAGGCGGCAGAAGAUCGAUAUCUCCACAAUCGUGAUAAGGCGCCGUCUUAUCAUAAAAUUAUGGCUGAAUAUUUUCAGGGAAUUUGGGCUACAAAACCAAAACCUUAUACAGGUAAUGAGAAAGGGGUUCUCCGUUAUGUCUCGGAACAGCGCCUAUACUAUGAACCUUGUGAGAGCAAUCAAGAUGGAUCAGAAAGAAUUUUUAACAUUCGUAAGGUGAAUGAAUUGCCAUAUCAUUUGCUUAGUUCACAGCAAACAUCCUUUUACAAAUCAGAGGCCCUCUGCAAUUUUGAAUGGAUUCAUUCAAAGCUAUGUGGUACCUCGCUACGAUCACUAGUCGAAGAAUACCAAACUGGUCUCUCAGUGGAUCCUACAGAUUCAGAGUUGAAGAUGAUGUCUGACGUUAUUCAACUUUCUGCUAAGGCUCUUUCAAAAGACCCACGACAGCUAGCAUCACAGAUUGUUGGCCGACUUGCUACGAUCAUUGCUAAUGAUAUCCCAAGAGCUCCAGGCGAUCCUCCACGUUAUCCCUUUAUUCACACUCUUUUAAAGCAAGCACACGAGCCCUCUCUUCCAGCGCUUAUUCCAUCUAUCCGAUGUUUGACGGAGCCUGGUGGAAUUCUAUUCGACCUGCUCUCUGGUCAUACAGACCCCAUCACAGCUGUUGAAGUUUCCACAGAUGGUGGUAAAGCCUUCACAGCUUCAAAAGACAACACAAUGAAAAUGUGGGAUCUGAGAACUGGGAAAGUGAUGAAAACUAUCAAUGACGUGGGUACAAAUAUCACCAGGAUCCGUAUUGGAUAUAAUUCCGCCUUUGUAAUAACUGUAGAAGACAAUGUUGUCCAGGUAUGGAACCUCCGCUACUCUGAGUGUGUAUUACGUAUUGACAAAUAUCCUGAUCCUCCAGUAAUAGGAAUGGCUGGGGAAGGGAAGUAUCUUUGUGCUUUAUUUGAUGGAAACAAUAUGUUGAGGACUUGGAAUCUGAACAAAGCCGGCCACCCAAUGAUCAGCGAAGCUCGCACCGAAAAUCACAGAGUGUACAAAGACAAUUCGGCGCUGAUAGCACCGUUUUCAUUUGACGAAAGAAUCCUGCAUGCUUCUAGGGGAGCAAAUUGUGCUCUUGUAAACAAUGUUCGCAAUGGAAAACAAGUUCUCUGCUUGAAGUGUAAUGACCAAUCUUCAGCAGUGACAAGUUUAGCUACAUCGAGGGAUUACUUCAUUGUAGCCUGUAGACAGCAUUAUAUGCAUCUUCAUGAAAUAUAUCAACUGGAACUUUUUGAUUUGAAGAAGGGAAGAUAUUUACGUAGUGUUCGUGGAUGCAUACAUGACAAAAUAAAAGAUCUCUUUUUAAAUUAUAUUGGUUCUCAUGCCAUUGCUAUAUGUGCAAGUGAGGAGACAAACACAUCAGACAUAGCAGUGUGGAAUAUUGAAACCGAGGAUCACAAACAUUUGGCACGGCAUGCUGGUGCUUCAGUAGUAGGCGGUUGUGCAGACUUCAAGUACUGUUUGACUGCUGGCAGAAAUGACAAAACGCUAAACAUAUGGAAUUUGACAAGCAAAAUAAAUCAGUCGAUGCCUAGACUGAAAAAACAAUCAGGCGUCUACCAGAUUCUGCAGAUGACAGAGAACCCACGAUAUGUGGUUGCCCGACAAUUUAACAAUGGUCCCGUCAGUGUAUGGAAUAUAGCCAGGGCAAAACAAUUGAAAACAGCUGUUCGAAUCGAAAGAAGUUUGUCUGAUUCCUCGGACAUUGUGGUAGUAAGAGAUACAAAGGUAGUUGUUUUGACGGAUAAAGGCAUUGCCAAUGCAAAGGACAACGCUCGCCCAGUGUUUCAAACUGUGUUGAUAUACGAUCUUUUGCAGAAAAAAUUUGUGAAGAAAAUUAAAAAGUGCUUUAUUACCCCAUGUCCUUCACAUGAGUAUGUCAUGCUGAAAGAUGAAAUGCUGCUUGGGCUUUCAGAAAAUAGAUCGCAUUUUGUAAUUUGGAAUCUGAAAACGGGACAGGUUGAAUAUCGUAUCCGUCCAACGUUGAAGGACCUGGAGAAAAAGAUUGCUGAAACUGACGUUAUGUCACUUGCAAAGGAGCGCUGCCAUACUGCCAAAAUGACACCUUGGGAACGCCGAGUUGAAUCUCAGUCCGCAAAGCAGCGCCGAAGGGAUGCAGCGGUAGACAUUGAACGACAAAGAGUAGAAGAAUUAAAGAAAGAGAUCAGCAGUAGUGGCAUUGAUAAGUAUCUUCUUAGCGGAGACCAAAAAAUCGCCGUUGCAUCUUUCUUUGCCCACUUCAUGUGUGUGUUUGAUAUUGAGAACCACACGCAUCUGGCUACACUUGAGAGCGACACGUCAAUGCUGUCUCUUUUAGUAGCCUCUCUUACUUACACAGGAAACUAUCUUGUCCAAGCUAACUACGACGAAGAACAAAGAACAAGUUAUGUGACUUUGUGGGAUUGUUUUGAAGGUGUUGUGAAGAAGCGGCUAAAGAAUGAAAGCAAUGUGAUGGCACUUGGUGUGAGUGAAGAUGCAAGCAAAGUAAUUAUUGGAAAGGGCAAUAAGGAAAUACACAUCUGGGAACCGAACAAAUCACCAUCACUACGAAAAAUCCAAGGCAUACAAGGAUUGGAAUUUAAUGAAUUGAGCAAAAUUUUCAUUGUUGACAAUGACAGGCGUGCUGUUGUGUUUGCCGGAGACAUAUCUGUUUGGGAUAUUGAACGCGGGGUGGUACUGGCAGUGUUUUCCCCAGACACAAAAAUUACUUGCUGCCAUGUUUCCAUGGGUGGGCGUGUGAUUACGUUUGGUUUACAUGACAUCCCAGAAAUCGUCAUUCUGAAACUGAUGUCCAGCGGUUUGCCUAGUAUUGAGGAUGAGGGGCAGGAUAUGUUUGGAGAAAAACCCGUUGAAUCGUCAGAAGAUGAAGAGGAGGAGGAAGAGGAGACGUAGAUAUGCGUACGGUGUAAAUUUGAACGUUUUCUGCAGGUUUGAUUGACAAUAGGUACAUGUAGAAACAUGAAUUCUUAACUAGACUUCAUGCCCUUAUGUGUCAUGUACUUAUUUUAUUUGUUCUGUUAUCAAGCUUAAACAUUUGAAAAGCUCAAUCGACAAAUGCCGUCCAAUACAAGCGUAUUAAUAACAAUGUGUAUUUAUUUCUUUACAAUAUACGGUGCUGACUGAAAUCUCGUGAUACUGUCCAUUCUAUUUAUGAGAUUUUUUCCCACAUACUUGUACAUGUAUAAUUUUUACAUUGCUUAGUUCUUACUGUUCAUGAUAAGCUCUU